AUGAACACGUCAAGACGCACAUCACCCCCGAACUCAACCGCACGCGCUCAGACCCAAGUCCUCGGCAUCCCUGUCGACGAGAGUAAUCAGAAGGAACCCGCAAAACCCCGCCUAGAAAGCUUCCCGCAGCCCGCGUUCCCGGCACAGGAAGCCCUUCAUCAACGCCUGCAGCAACACCCCUACCAGUCGAGUAAUCGCCGUCAGCAACAGCCCGCCCGUGAUUUGCUUCCUGCGGGUAAGACCAGCGACAUGGGUUCCGACGCACAGGUACCCAAGCACCUGAACUUCAUCACGGGCAACAAGAAUAAGCUCGCCGAGGUUCAAGCUAUUCUCGAAGGCGUAAUCGAGCUCAGGAACCAGAAUGUAGACCUCGUAGAGAUUCAAGGCACAGUCGAAGAAGUCACAACAGACAAAUGCCGGCGUGCAGCAGAAGCGAUCAACGGCCCUGUGCUCGUAGAAGACACAUGCCUCUGCUUUAAAGCUAUGAACGACCUCCCCGGACCGUACAUAAAAUGGUUCAUGCUCGCGCUCGGCCCCACAAAACUGCACCACAUGCUUGACGGCUUCGAAGACAAGUCUGCACAAGCCGUGUGCACGUUCGCCUAUUGCGAAGGUCCGGGCCACGAACCGGUACUUUUCCAAGGUAGGACGGACGGGAAGCUGGUCGCCAGUAGAGGACCUACAGUAUUCGGCUGGGACUCAUGCUUCGAAUACGAGGGAACGACGUAUGCGGAGAUGGAGAAGAGCGAGAAGAACAAAAUCUCGCACCGUGGGAAAGCGCUGGACAAGCUGAAGGAGUGGCUCGCGAGCAAGGUUGAUGCGUAG